GCAUUUUAUCGUCGUCAUCGUCCACACGUACGGUGAGUCGAGUGAGCUAGCCAUAGCUAGCUAUGAAGAAGGCGGCCGCCGGCGGCAUGGCGCCUCUUCCUCCGUCGUCGUCUCCUCCGUCGUGCAAAGCCGGCGGUGGUGGUGGCAGCCCGAGGUGGUCGUUGCUUCACGGCGGCGGCGGCGAGUGGGGCGUCGUGGUGCGGCGGAACGUCGUCAAGUCGUCGUCGCUGCUGCUGCUGGUGUUCUCCACCUUCUUCGUCUUCUCCGUCUUGCGCUCGUCGCAGACGAGCUUAGUCCCGCCGCCGCCGCCGGCUGCUGCCGGCCCCGGCGAGCCGGCGCUGGCGCAGAGUGGUCACGACGUUGCCGGCGAUGAUGGCGGCGAACAUGUCGCCGUCGCAGUCAACAAUGUGGCAGCUGAGACGCAGAGCACGCCGGAUGACAUCUCGCUGCCGUCGACGAACUCAUCGGCUGCAGCUGUUCCAACAACAACAAACAAAGCUGAACAACAACAAACAGGUGAUCCUGGAGCGAACAACAUGGAGGAGAAAUGCGACAUGUCGAUGGGGAAGUGGGUGAGGGAGCCCAAGGGCCCGGUGUACACCAACACGACGUGCCCGACGCUGCCGGACUUCAAGAACUGCCAGAAGCACGGCAAGGAUCCCGGCCACCUCUACUGGCGGUGGCAGCCCCACGGCUGCGACCUCCCGCGCUUCUCGCCGGACCGCUUCCUCGCCGCCGUCCGUGGCAAGCGCCUCGCCUUCAUCGGCGACUCGCUGGCUCGCAACCAGAUGGACUCCCUUCUCUGCCUCCUCUCUCAGGCCGAGACGCCGACGGAGGUGUACCGCGACGCGCACGACAAGUUCCAGACGUGGCGGUUCGCGGCGCACGAGUUCACGCUGAUGGUGAUGUGGACGGAGUUCUACGUGCACGCGGAGCCGGUGGUGGGCGCCGACGGCAAGCCGACGCCGUCGUUCGACAUCCACCUCGACAGGCUGAGCGCCAACUGGACGCGCCGCCUGCCGGAGCUCGACUACGCGGUCAUCUCCGGCGGCAACUGGUUCAACCGCCCCAACUACCUCUGGGAGGGCGGCCGCCGCGUCGGCUGCGUCAAGUGCGGCGGCGCAGCCAACCUCACCGACGUUGGCGUCCCCUACGCCGUCCGCCGCGUGGUGCGCGCCGCUGUCGAGGGCAUCGCGCGGUGCACCGGCUGCAAGGCCGGCCUCGUCGCGUUCCUCCGGACCUUCUCGCCGGACCACUUCGAGCACGGCGCGUGGUUCAGCGGCGGCUACUGCAACCGCACGCGGCCGCUGGAGGAGGACGAGGUGAGCCCGGACAGCGCCGCGUGGGAGCUGAGGAGGGUGCAGCGAGAGGAGGUGAUGCGGGUGAAGGAGACGGCGGCGGCGGCGGCCGCGGCGAGCGGGAACGCGAGGAGGUUCGAGGUGCUCGACGUGACGAAGGCCAUGAUGCUGCGCGCCGACGGCCACCCCGGCGCGGCCAUCGACAAGAGGUGGCAGAAGAACAUCGUCAGCGACUGCCUCCACUGGUGCAUGCCGGGCCCCGUCGACAUGUGGAACGAGAUGCUGCUCCAGAGGCUCACCGAGAUCUCCACGCUGGACCAGGAUGCUUCCAUCUUUGAGGCACCUUAACUUUGUCACUUACAUGUAGGUCCGGAUCAUUAAUGUAUCACUGCAUACAAUCAUACGGGGAACGAUGCAUGACUGGUGAUGCUAUAGGGGAGGUCUUCCUAUCCAUUGAGAGGACGUGCAUAUCUCUCAAAUGGUUAUAAAUUUUUUGAAAAACAAUCUAGAUCAAUAUAUGAUGUAUCACUUUAUAAAUA